AUGCCACGUGUGAUACCAAUUCGAGAGAUGUUACCUGAUCAAUUAGGAUCGAAAUUAUUGUUACGUAUUAUCGAAGCGGAAGCUGCUCUACUUGAACUCAAAUCGAGCAAUGAUUCAGCUGCUGCACAUCGCUUCUAUUCACUGAUUCCACAUCGACCACAAUUCAAUGUUGACCUUGAUAACGAAUAUGCGAUAUAUGAACUCGAUCAACAACGUUUACUCUACAUUGUCGAAGUUUCAUGGAUACCGAACGAUGUUCUCAAUAUUAAAUUAGAACGAUUACCAAUUAUUCACAACCAACAACAUCUAUUGAAAUUAAGUGAACACGUCGAAGUCCCAUUGACAAUCGAUGAUGAAGUCAUUCAAGUUGCCGAACAGGAUUAUGGUUUAGUAUGUCCAUCGUCGGGCAAACUUGUUCCACUUAAAUCAUUUCACAUUCGUGCUCAAAUUGUCGAUACUAUAGUUGAGGUAAUUGAUGUUCGAUUGACGUAUAAUAAUUCAUCACGUUUCCAAAAAAAGGUUGCUCUCUAUCAAGUCUAUCAUAAUACGAGUUCAAUACCAAUCGAAGCAAAAUACGUAUUUCCUCUUGAUGAAACUUCAACAGUAUGCGGUUUUGAAGCACAUAUCAAUAAUAAAGUAAUCAAAGGUAUUGUCAAAGAAAAAGAACAAGCUAAACAAGAAUAUCGUGAAGCAAUUGAAAAAGAUUAUGGUGCCUAUUUGAUGCAUCAAGAACAGGCCGAAGUGUUCAGCAUCGCUGUUGGCAAUUUGCCAGCGAAUACUGAAGUCAUUAUUAAGAUAAUUUAUGUUGCAGAAUUAGAAAUGGAAAAUGGUGGUAUUAUAUUUCGUUUUCCAGCCAAAAUGGCUUCAUGGCAAACGAAACAAGCGAUCGAAACAAAAGAUCAAUCUACAAUACGAUCGAUUGAUAUUGUCGAUGAAAGAGUUGAAUUUAGUCUCAAAGCAUCAAUUCGAAUGCCGUACGAAAUAAUCAAAUUAUUUUCGCCAACACAUUGUCUUCGUCGAAAAUUAACCGAUUGUAUAGCCAUGAUCGAACUUGUCGAUAAUGUUUUACUUGAUCGAGAUUUUAUUCUUUCGAUUACACUGAAAAAUGCUAAUUUACCUAGAAUAUUAAAUGAAACAUUGUCAUUGGAUGAUGAUGAUAAUGAUUCUCAAGCAUGUAUGCUUACAUUUUAUCCACGAUUCGAACUAUCGACUAAAUCAAAUGAACAAAUCGAAAUUAUUUUUCUUAUCGAUGUAUCCAAUUCAAUGAAUGGUAGUCAUGUACAACAGGCUAAACAAUUGGCUCAUUUGUUUCUGACGAAUUUGACAAUUGAUAAUGGAAAUAUACUUUUUAAUAUUGUUACAUUUGGAUCAGAUAAUGAUGAAUGCUUUCCAAUUGCAAUGCCGGCGACGAAAGAGAAUCUUGAUAAAGCCAAACACUUUGUUCUGCAUUCACUUGUCAAUCGUGGUAAUACGGAUCUAUUUGCUGUCCUCUAUCGAUAUUCUCUGUUGUCAUCAUCAUCAUCGAAAUUUGCUCGUCAAUUUAUUCUUCUAUCCGAUGGACAUAUUCAUGAUCUUAAAUCGAUUCUUGCUCUACUCGAACAUCAAUCGACAAUGUGUCGUGAUCGUCUAUUUACAUGUGCUAUUGGCAAUGUUGCUAAUAAACACAAUUUGAAACGAUUAACUCGUGGAGCAAAUGGAGGUGGUUUAACAACCAUUUUCGAUUCGAAUUAUCGAUCAAAAUGGAAAACUAAAGUACAAAAUAUUCUCGAACAUAUUCAACAACUAUGUGUUACAAGUAUAUCAAUCGAUUGGCAUGAUAGUAGUUUGGAUGUGCAACAAAAAUUCAAUAACCAAGCUCCAAAAAUGAUUCGAUCAUUAUUCAAUGGGAUGAAACUUACUGUCUAUCGAUUUAUACGAAGUUGUCAUAAGGCAACAUUGACAGCAACAAUCAAUGGACAAGAAUUUAUUACAACUGUAUUUAGUAGUACAGUAACAAUGACCAAAGGUCGCAUUCUACAUUGUCUAACUGCUCGAGCGUUUAUUGAUGAUUUCGAUAAUGGAAUAUUGCAUAUCGACGAAAGCGAGAAUGAAUUAAUUAAAAUUCAAUACAAACGAGAUCUUAUCGAUUUAAGCAUAAAAUAUUCGGUUAUAAGUCCUUAUACGAGCUUUAUUACUAUCGAAGAACGUGAUAAUACACAAACUCAUCAAACAGGCGUUUGUCUUGUUAAUGUAAUGGUCGAUCGUGAUAUCGACUUGCUUCCAUAUAUUGGAUGGGAUGGUGAUAUGUCACAUUUAACAUCGAUGAAACAGAAAUUGAUUAAUGCACGUAUUUCACUCGAAAGUGCAUCGAUUUUAAGCAAAAAAGAUUCGAUUGUUGAUAUUGAAAAGUUUUGUGAAAAAAUUUCUUAUCGAUCAGGUGACGAGGCAAAAUUUGAUAUGAUGAUGACAAUCAUACGUACGUAUCAUUAUUCAUUCAAUGAACCGGAAAAAGCAAACCAAAUCGAAGAUAAAAUGCGAAAUGAUAUAAUGAUUGAAAUGAAAAAUGCAACGUCAGAAGAACGACAAGCAUUGAAACAACGAUGUGAAGCGCACAAUUUGAAGAUCAAUACUGAUGAAUCACCUGCCACAGUAACUAAUUAG